AUGGCGCCCAAAGGCCUAUGGGGAGCUGCUCUCUCCAAACUACGAAAGACGCACCCACGUGAACCAGAAGUCCCCCAUGAGACUGCGCUGCCUGUUUAUCCCCGAUUCACUCGUCCUGUGUCAAACCAAUCCAGCGUUUAUUCUGAAUUCAUGUUCCCCCCAACUCCUUUACCAACUGUGAUGACCGAUUCCAAUCUUGACCCUCUAGCAAUGGCUUCGACCAUUUCCCAGGCUCGUCUGAAUGCUCUGCAAUCAGGAGAGGACGUGGAUCUGUUUUUCCAACGGGGUAAAGACUGUAUUGAUGCUUAUGCUCAGGCCACCAAGGCCAUGAUGGAGGAUGCCUGUGCCUGUGUCAAAGAUGGCGAGGACCCUCCCUAUGAAGAGAUCAAACAGAUGGAGCAGCGUUUCUUCAGAUACUGUCAGUCAAUUGUGGAGGAAGCAUUGUCCCUGCUCUCUCGUACUGGCAACCAUCCCCGGCGGGUCCAUGUUUCCAGCAACUCGACCAUGCCUUCGCUCAUUUCCUCUACUUCGAACACGACUGGGUCUGAGCCAAAAACGCCCUUGCAAUCUGGCUCAUCUGACAGGUCAGGGUUUUCUGAAGCAUUGCUUGCAUCUAGCGGCCGGGGCCGUCUACGUCUCUACACUGUGAGCAGCGAUGAAUGGGUCAUGGUUCCAUCCAUGCCCUCGCCCACUACUCCAGCGAAGGUCGUGGCCCCCGAGGAUAUGGACCCUGUCGAGGAAUCCAUUCAUCUUGGUGUCAUCGUGCGCAUCUUUGGCAAGUUGUACACCAUGUCGAAGAUCAUGGAGAUAAUCAUCCUGUACUACGGCGCUGAGAACGACACUUCCGAGACCGGCCUACCAUACUGGAUCAAACGCAGCGAGCAGAAUGUGCGCUCCCAGAAGAUGGCCGUACUGAUUGACACCGUCGAGAACCUCUAUUAUGCUCUCUAUGCUCGGAUCACCAUUGAGCUGGCCAGCAUUGAGCUUUGCGGCUCCUACCGAGUCGACACUAGUGCAUUGCGAAUCGAGCUUCCACUCCUCAUGCCAGAGGCAGAUCAUCUCUACCGCAUUGUUCUCGCGUUCAAGGAUGUGCUGGACUCUCCAGAGAUCUGCGCAAUCCUUAGAACCGACGUCAUCGCCCACUUCCAGCAAGGAUACAUUGAUCAGGUUAUGGACAAGAAAAGAAAGCCAGAACUUCCCUGCUUUGACCCCCUCGGAUAUCGCCCGUUUGCAAUGAAAACUGUUUCUUACCGACACGGAUCUUACUGCGAGAAAUGGAAAGCAGUCAUUCCAUUCUUCAAUUUCAUCCCAGCAGAGACCAUGGCAACUAUGUCGGAGAAGUAUCUCACCAUGACUCCCGUGACCAUUCCACCUGACGACAUUCCACUUGUGGAGCUUCCUUGGAUUUUCCCAGAGGAUGUGGGUAUGGCGGUCUGGGAUACAGAUAUUGUGCGGGAUUAUCGCCUAGCUACCAUUGCGAAACAAACGGGCACAACCAUCGGAGAAGAACGCAAGAAGGAGUCUGCCCCUGGCCUUUACCACCUCAUCAGGCAAGGAAAGUGCAUUUGCAGCUCUAUCUGUUCAUGUUCCUCGCAGUGUACCGAGGAGGUGGAGCGCGGCUGCACCUGUGCGGAACGACAUGUACGCAUCAUGGCGACCAAGCGUGGUCUUGCCCACAGACGGAACGGACCUAGUUUCGCUGCUACUGCUACUACCACUGCUCGCAUGUUCUUUCACGGUUUGUCGGAGCUCAGACGUAUUGUUGAAGCUGCUGAUAUUGCCAAUGAAUUGGACCAAGCCUUUGAGUUGUUCGCUCUGUUGAUCUCCGCGGAACGAGAUAUGGCUCUCAGGGAAGAUUCCCAGGCAAGCUGCUAA